CCGCGACGGCGGGCUUCGGGCUCAGUACCGGGCGCGCGAAUCUUCGCGAAAGCCUUCGUGAGCUACAAAAGGAUGCCACGGAGAAAGAAAAGGGUUAAAGAAGCCUCUGAAUCUGAGAACCUGGAGAAGCAGGAUGUGGCAGCCGCAGGUUCCAUCAGCGUGAAGAGGAAGCGUAGACUUGAGGAUGCCUUCAUUGUGAUAUCUGACAGUGACGGAGAGCAGGAACCAAAGGAGGAGAACGGAUUGCAGAAAACGAAGAUAAAACAGUCGAACAGAACAAAGUGUUUGGCUAAAAGAAAAAUUGCACAGAUGACAGAAGAAGAACAGUUUGCUCUGGCUCUCAGGAUGAGUGAGCAAGAAGCUAGGGAGGUGAACAGCCAGGAGGAAGAAGAAGAGGAGCUCUUGAGGAAAGCCAUUGCCGAAAGCCUGAGUAGCUGCCGGCGUUCUGACGCUUCUGCCACCCGAUCUCGACCUCUGGCCACUGGACCGUCUUCACAAUCUCACCAAGAGAAAGCCACGGACUCUGGGACCACUGAAGGCAUAUGGCAGCUGGUACCUCCAUCACUGUGUAAAGGCUCACAUGUCAGUCAGGGAAACGAGGCUGAGGACAGAGAGGAGCCUUGGGACCACCCUGAAAACACUGAAGAGGAGCCGGUCUCCGGCAGCUCAGGAAGCUGGGACCAGUCAAGCCAGCCAGUGUUUGAGAAAGAGAACGUUAAAUGCUUUGACAGAUGUACAGGCCACUUGGCUGAGCACACACAGUGUGGGAAGCCACAGGAAAGUACUGGGAGGGGUUGUGCUUUCCUCGAAGCUGCCCAGGGUAGGGGGAACACUUCGGGGCGCUGUCUGCUGACCCCAGCAGAUGCCAGAGGUCUCCAGGACAUUGAGGGCACUGUGCACUACUUCUGGGGUAUUCCAUUCUGCCCUCCUGCAGUGGACCCCAACCAGUACACCAAGGUCAUUCUCUGCCAGUUGGAGGUUUAUCAGAAAUGCCUGAAAAUGGCUCAGAGGCAGCUCUUAAAGAAAAAGGGGUUUGGGGAACCAGUGUUACCUAGACCUCCUUCUCUGAUCCAGAAUGAAUGUGGCCAAGGAGAUCAGGCUAGUGAAAAAAAUGAAGGCAACUCAGAAGAUAUGGGAGAUGAAGACAAAGAGGAGAGGCGGGAGUCUAGGGCAUCUCUCUGGUACUCAAAAGCCAAGGAUUUCCAAGAAAGCCCAGUUGAAAGCUUGAAAGAGAAACUUUUGUUGGAGGAAGAACCAACAACCAGUAAUGGUCAGUAUUCUCAAGGGGUGUUCGUUGCAGAAACCUCAGAAGAAGGAGACGCCGUGCCUGCCUCAGGAAGCAUUGCUGCUUUUUCCAGAAAGAGAAGCUCAGUCCUUAUGCCACAGAGUUCCACAGAAGAAAUCACUGUUUGUCCUGAGACACAGCUAAGUUCCUCUGAAACUCUUGACCUUGAAAGAGAAGUCUCUCCAGGUGACAGAGAAAGCCCGGAUGCAGUAUGCGUAAUAAUGGCAGAUAAGGAGGUUGGUAAAAGGGAAGAUGCUGAGAAGGAAACACGUGCUUCCUCCUUUUCACCCAGUCGCCAGGUGUCCUGCCCGCUCUGUGACCAAGGCUUCCCUCCCACGAAGAUCGAGCGACAUGCCAUGUACUGCAGUGGUCUGACGGGGCGAGACACAGUGGUGACUCGGAGACAGAAAGAGACCAAGAGCAAGAGCGCCAGUGGGACAGCUGCCCAGAUGCCCCUCGACAUUGGCAAGAAUGAGAAGUGUUACCUCUGUAAGUCCCUGGUCCCAGUCAGAGAGUAUGCGUGUCAUGUGGAUACCUGUCUCCAGCUUGCAAGGCUUGACCAAGACGGUGGUCCUGAAGGGAGUGGUAGGCCACGUUCACCCACGGAGGGCAGGCGGCACCAGCAGCCGAGGAACCCGAAGGCAAAAGGCCUCAAGGAAGGCCGACUCCUCAGUCUUCUGGAACAGUCUGAGCAAAAGACCCUAGACGCAGAGGUAAAGACCAACUUCCCUGGCACGGGAACCUGCAGGGUGCCCUCGCCGCAGGCGGAGGAAGCAGGCUGCAGCGGAGGGGUGCAGAGUCCCGUCGCGCAUCUCGCCUUCAAUGACUCUCCCAUCAAGUCUUUCGUUUCCGUUUCCGAAGCCACAGAUUGCUUGGUGGACUUCAAAAAGCAACUUACUGUUCGGCCUGGUAGCCGGCCACGCGCCAGAGCAGGCAGAGGAAGGAGGAGGAAGUCCUGAAUUUCUAGGGUCAAGGGUUGACAGAACCGUGAGCAUCAGGGUGGGCCUUGCUCGUUAGGCCAUAGCUCCCGCCAGGUCGUUGUUAAGCAGGUUCUGGCCCUGCACUUCCACCAUUAGCUCCCAUCAGAAUCCUGGCUUUUAUGUUUUCUAUGGUAUAUGCAGACAGCUCUGUAUAAUACUGUUUUAUAUAAUAAUCUGUUUGAAUUUACUUAUAGUUUAAAGAAAAUUUAAAUAUA